AUCCGCCAGUAUCCCAUCAUUCCAUUGGUUUGGCUUUGACCUCGCCGAUUUCCGAGUCGGCAGAGGAGGUGCGCUGGUGAUUUGUGCUCGCUGUCCAGUGCCCGUUGCGUGGUGGAUGAUGGCCGCUUCAAAGCCUGUAGAGCCGCAGUCCGGGAGUGGUCUCCCCCGCUGGCAGCUGGCACUUUUAGUGGGUACACCAAUAGUUCUUGGAGUUGGUGCUGUUUACCUCUGGAACCGCAGUCGCACGAAGGAGAAGGACGGCAAAGAAGGGGAUGGGGAGAGGAAAGCCCCAGAAGGCAGCGCUAGCCCUGUUCAGGGCCAACGCAGCGCGCCCAAUGCAGAACACGAGAAUAUGAGUCCCCUGGACCGAGCCCAGGCUGCCAAGAACAAGGGCAAUAAAUAUUUCAAGGCCGGGAAGUAUGAGCAGGCCAUCGCAUGCUACACGGAGGCCAUCGGCCUGUGCCCCAAAGAGCAGAAGACCGACCUGUCCACCUUCUACCAGAACAGAGCCGCUGCCUUUGAGCAGCAGAUGAAAUGGACAGAAGUUGUCCUGGACUGCACACAGGCCGUGGAGCUCAAUCCCAGAUAUGUGAAGGCCCUGUUCAGACGUGCCAAAGCCCUGGAGAGACUGGACAACAAGAAGGAGUGUCUGGAAGAUGUUACUGCUGUGUGUAUCCUUGAGGCCUUCCAGAACCAGCAGAGCAUGCUGUUAGCAGACAAGGUGCUGAAGCAGCUGGGAAAAGAGAAGGCCAAAGAGAAGUACAAGAAUCGGGAGCCUCUGAUGCCCUCUCCUCAGUUCAUCAAGUCCUACUUCAGCUCCUUCACGGACGACAUCAUCUCCCAGCCCCUGCAGAAGGGAGAGAAAAAGGAUGAAGAUAAGGACAAAGAGGGCGAGGCUGCCGAGGUCACCGAGAGCUCAGGUUACCUGAAGGCCAAGCAGUACAUGGAGGAGGAGAACUACGAUAAGAUCAUCAGCGAGUGCACCAAAGAGGUGGAGUCUGGGGGCCGCUACACCGCAGAGGCCCUGUUGCUCCGCGCCACCUUCUACCUGCUCAUCGGCAACGCCACGGCCGCCCAGCCCGACCUCGACAAGGUCAUCAACAUGCAGAACGCCAACGUCAAGCUGCGGGCUAACGCGCUGAUCAAGCGCGGCAGCAUGUACAUGCAGCAGCAGCAGCCCCAGCUCUCCACGCAAGACUUCAACCUGGCCGCAGACAUCGAUACACGCAACGCAGAUGUCUACCACCAUCGGGGACAGCUGAAGAUCCUGCUGGACCAGGUGGAGGAGGCCGUGGGCGACUUUGACGAGUGCAUCCAGCUCCGUCCGGAUUCGGCCCUCGCUCAGGCCCAGAAGUGCUUCGCCCUGUACAGGCAAGCGUACACCGGGAAUAACCCAGCCCAGGUACAGACGGCCAUGGAUGGCUUUGAGGAUGUCAUCCGGCGGUUCCCCAAGUGUGCCGAAGGUUACGCUCUGUACGCUCAGGCCUUGACUGACCAGCAGCAGUUUGGCAAGGCCGAUGAAAUGUACGACAAGUGCAUCGACUUGGAGCCGGACAACGCUACCACAUACGUUCACAAAGGACUUUUGCAGCUGCAGUGGAAACAGGAUGUGGACAUGGGGCUGGAGCUCAUCAGUAAGGCCAUAGAGAUCGACAACAAAUGUGACUUCGCUUACGAAACCAUGGGAACUAUUGAAGUCCAAAGAGGCAAUCUAGACAAAGCCAUCGACAUGUUCAACAAGGCCAUCAAUUUGGCCAAGUCUGAGAUGGAGAUGGCCCACCUGUACUCACUCUGUGACGCUGCUUACGCCCAAACCGAGGUGGCCAGGAAGUAUGGCCUGAAACCCCCUACGCUGUAAUGCCCAUCUCUCUCUCUCUCUCUCUCUCUCUCUCUCUCUCUCUCUCUCUUUUUUUUUCUCUCUUUCUUUUUCUCUCUUUCUCUUCUCUCUCCUUUCCCUCUCUCCUUUGCGCUUCCUCCUCAUAACAUGUGACAUUACGUACAUUAGCUCAACUUAAUUGAGUAUAUUUAAGUUCUCAGACAAUGCUGGGCCAUGCUAUGCUACUUUUAAUUGGAUACAUCCCUGACUGGUAACAUCCAACAUAUUGUUGGAGGUUUUUUUUUUUUGGUUUCCUUUCUAUAGACACUAAAAUCGUUACAGUCAGUGUCAUUCUACAUUAUCAGAGGAAAACUGUGUAGCAUUGCAACAGACUGUUCAUUUGUUACCAUAAUGUUAGUCUUGUUAAAAUUGUGCGUUUCUGCGUUCUGUCCAAAUUCCUUCAUAUCCUAAGAGUCGAUAUGCAUCAUCACUGUAUGGGAAAUGCAGGUUUAAAACUUUAGUCAAGACAUGUUAAUGUAAUUAAGUCAGUUGUCAGCGUGUUUGAUGUAAUGCUGGAAUAAAUAAGAUUAUGGACAAUGGGACUAAAUGUGAAGUUCAGAGAUUUGGACUAUACUUUGGUUUGUUUUUGGUCGGGGUUUUUUUUUGUUUUGUUUUUUUUUUGUGUUGCUUUUUUCUUUCUUUUUAUAUUCUGUACAGCAUGUGUGAGAAUUCUCUUUAUAAAUAAAUGUCAAGAUUAUUCUGCUGUAAUACUACUCUAGCACCGGUCAACCUAUGAAUGGUGUAUGUGCGAAAUGAAGAAAGAUAAACUGUCUUGGCGACAGGUUCAAAUGUUGACAUCUCUUUCCCCCCCUUUUUUUGCAUCCUUCAAACCCAAAUUGUUUUGUUUCACCUAAAUACUCCUAACUUUUUAUGCGUCCCCAUUGGAAAAAAAGAAUAGCUUAAUUUAUUUGUUAUAGGCACUUGUAACUUUCAGAGUUCUAAAGGAUCAUUAACCUUAAACUGGAAUGCUGAUUUCUGCACCCAACACCAAGAAUAAAAAAGAGAAGAUUGUUUAAAGUAG